GAGCCGAGCCCGAGCCGAGCCCUGACACUGUCCGUCCGCCUUCUGGCUCCCCCGGAGCUUGGACUGGCCGGAGCCGGAGAGGUGGCAGCGCGGGGAGCCCCACGCGCGAAGGGAGUGGACCGGACGGGACGGGACUAGAGGAGGCGCUGCUGCCACAGUAGCCAGUGACCCGAGUCCGGAGCCGCGGCCUCCCGGACCCUGCUGCCCAGGCCGGCCCAGGGAGAGCGAGGAGUACGAAAACCCCACCCUCUGGGGCACCCCAGGAGCGGAGGCGGGAGCGGGGACGCGAGCCACCUCUCACCCUGUGGAAGAAAAGACCCUUACCACCUAGGCGAGGGAAAGAAGAGACCCUUAUAGGUGGCGAGUCUCUCUUUCCUGGGGGCGAAGAAAACCCCCACACUGGCCCGGGAAUAGACUUCCAGAAGUAGAAAGGGGCGAUCUUUAACUCAAGGAAGCAGAGUGAGACCGCCCCAGCGCGCCUCCACCCCUCCAAACACACUCUCAGCACUUCGGGACUUUUGAGGCAAAGAGAAGGGAGGUAUGCCUAUGGAGUAGGCACCCUCCAUCCUCUCCAGUACUCACACGGAGAGGAGUCCUUACAUUCAGAAGCAGAGGACACUCCAGGGAAAGAAGAGGAAUCGGCUUUCAGCCCCCUUCGGGAGAGGGGAAGAACUCCCCCCUCAACUUCCUUGUACCUAGACAGUGGAACAGGGCAGAGCCCCUCCGCUCAGAUCUCUGUUGGACAGAAAGAGCCCUCUGCUCCCCAAGGAUCCAGUUUGGGGGGGAGGGGGACUCCCCCAAGGGGGAGGAGACAACUCCUGGUUGGGAGAGGCUCCUCCCCUCCUCCCCAGGGUAGCAGGCAGAGUGUGGGGGGUGUGCCACCUUCCCCAGGUAGGACCUCCUUCUCCACCUCCCCCCACUCCUCCUCCCUCUGCUCCUCAUCCUCAGGGGACCCAGUUCCCCUCCCCAGCUUGGGAGGCUCAGCCAAGUACAGGAAGAGCCACCGAGGAUGAGACUCUUCAUCUGCCUUUGAAGAGGGGAAUCCCUCCAACCCCCACCUCCAGUACAAGGUGGUUCCCUUCCUUUGCUGGGGGAACCUCGGAGACAGAACCCAGAAGAACCAUGGCUUCUGACCUAGAGAGUAGCCUCACCUCCAUAGACUGGCUUCCCCAGCUGACCCUCCGAGCUACCAUUGAAAAGCUUGGGAGUGCCUCCCAGGCUGGGCCUCCUGGGGGCAGCCGCAAGUGUCCACCAGGCUCACCCACAGAUCCUAAUGCCACCUUGAGCAAAGAUGAGGCAGCGGUCCACCAGGAUGGCAAACCACGAUACAGCUAUGCCACCCUCAUCACCUAUGCCAUCAACUCCUCUCCAGCCAAGAAGAUGACCCUCAGUGAGAUUUACCGCUGGAUCUGCGAUAACUUCCCCUAUUACAAGAAUGCCGGCAUUGGUUGGAAGAAUUCAAUUCGGCACAACCUUUCUCUCAACAAGUGUUUCCGGAAGGUGCCCAGACCUCGGGAUGACCCUGGGAAGGGCUCUUAUUGGACAAUCGACACCUGUCCUGACAUCUCCCGAAAGAGAAGACACCCUCCAGAUGAUGAUCUAUCCCAAGACUCACCAGAACAGGAGGCAAGCAAGAGCCCCCGGGGAGGUGUUCCAGGGAGUGGAGAAGCCUCACUGCCUCCUGAGGGGAAUCCUCAGAUGUCACUUCAGAGCCCCACAUCUAUCACCAGCUACAGCCAGGGCACAGGGUCUGUGGAUGGCGGAGCAGUGGCAGCAGGGGCUCCAGGCCGGGAAAGCGCUGAAGGUCCCCCUCCCUUGUAUAACACCAACCAUGACUUCAAAUUCUCCUACUCAGAGAUCAAUUUUCAGGACUUGAGUUGGUCCUUCCGCAACCUCUACAAAUCCAUGCUGGAGAAGUCCUCUUCCUCCUCUCAGCACGGCUUUUCGUCUCUCCUGGGGGACAUGCCACCCUCUAACAACUACUACAUGUACCAGCAGCAGCAGCCACCACCUCAACAGCAGCCACCGCCGCCGCCGCCACAGACCCAACAAUCACAGCCACAGCAGCAGCAGGCACCAGCCCAGGGCCCCUCAACUGUCGGGGGUGCCCCUCCACUACACACCCCAAGCCCAGAUGGUUGUACCCCACCAGGGGGAAAGCAAGCUGGGGCUGAAGGCUAUGGGCCUCCCUCUGUGAUGGCCAUGCAUCCACCCCCGCUGCAGCACGGAGGCUACCACCCUCAUCAGCACCAUCCCCACCCCCACCCCGCCCAGCAGCCACCACCACCACAGCCACAGGCACAAGGCCAGGCUCCUAUCAACAGUACUGGUUUUGCCUUUCCUCCUGACUGGUGCUCCAGUAUCGACUCCUUAAAGGAAAGCUUCAAGAUGGUGAAUCGGCUCAAUUGGUCCAGCAUUGAGCAGUCACAGUUCUCAGAACUAAUGGAGAGUCUGCGACAGGCAGAGCAGAAGAACUGGAGCCUCGACCAGCAUCACAUUGCCAAUCUGUGUGACUCCCUCAACCACUUCCUUACUCAGACUGGUCAUGUGCCCCCGCAAGGGAGCUCCCAUAGGCCACCAGCUCCUGCCCGUAUUGCUGACUCCUGUGCCCUCACCAGCGGCAAACAAGAAGCAGCCCUGAACCAAGUGAACUCUUAUGGGCACCCACAAGCUCCCCACCUCUACCCUGGCCCAUCACCAAUGUAUCCAAUCCCUACCCAGGACUCAGCAGGAUACAACCGCCCAGCACACCAUAUGGUCCCUCGGCCAACAGUUCCACCUCCUGGUGCCAAUGAGGAGAUCCCCGAUGACUUCGAUUGGGACUUGAUCACUUAGUGCAUCAUAGAGUGUGUCCCUCAGCCCAGGGCUGGGUGGUGAAGCCUGGCAGUGGGGAGAGAGCAGCCCUAGCCCAUCACUCCCCACCUUGCAUAUAUAUAUAUAUAUAUAUAUAUCUAUAUAUAUAUCUAUAUAUAGAGAGAGAUAUAUAUAUGUAGAUAUAUAUAUAUAUCCUCUUUUUUUUCUUUCUCUGUCAGAGAAGCCACCGCAAGAUGCUGCCGAAGAUAACCCAUUUCCUGCCUUGUUCUUCCUCUUCCUUCUUGUUUUUUUUUUUCCCUAAUUCUUUUAUUAUUAUUCUUAUUAUAUUAUUAUUAUUAUUAUUAUUGGUUAUAUGCUGUCCCCUGUCUCCUGUCCCUAUACUAUGGACUGUGUCCACCCCUUGCUAAUUUAAAAUUAUCUGGCUGGAAAGUGAGGCAAUGAUAGGUACAGAGAAAGAUUUCAAAGUCUGAUUUACCUUUCUCUCAGAGAAAGUCAAUGCUAAUCCCACCUUUUGGCCCUAAUUUGUUUUCUGUUCUUAUUAAUUCAGUCCAGGACUGGAGAGGCCACAUUAUCAAGUAGAAGGGAUCUCAAACACUGCUUGGCAGCCACAACUUUGCAGGUUUUACUCAAUGGUGCUAAUUUUGUCCUCUGAGCUCUUCCUUGUCCCUUUAUAUCUUUGCUCCUUACUUCUGCUGAUCCUCAUGCCCCAUCAAGGGUCAGAGUGAAAGUGGUGGUGCCAGAGGGUGACAACAAAAUCCUAGAGGAAUAAGAGGCCUGGGGUGGGUUGAGUAGAAUACUGUAAAAUAUUUGGAAAUUGGGCAUCUAACACUGCGUCAAAUAAACAUCCAUUCGCUUUAUCCUAGCGCAUUCUCUAUGGGAGACAGGGUGGGUCUGAGCCGGAAUUCUGUUGCUAUGGUGGAGAUGAGGACAGCUAUUCAGCUAAGGUCGGUCUUUUGGAGAUGUUUUCAGUUGAACCAUUUUGCCUUUUUAAACAAAUUUUCUCUGAAAAUUAACUGUGGCUCUUAUUUGCAUUUACAAAUUAUCCUUCAAACCUCUUUUCCCAUCCAGCAAAUAUUGUCCUCCUUUGGUGGUUUGCUCACCUCUUCUACCCACUUCAUUUUCUUCCCUCAUUUUCUGGCAUUCUCAAGAUAGAAAAGUAAGCCACUAUCACUCUUGCUUUCGUCAUGUCCCAGGACAGGAUGGGAAUCUCUUUUUUAUCUAUCAGCAGAACCAAACCUAAUCGGUGGUAGGAGGGUGGGCAAAGGAAAAUGGACCUGGCAUAGAUACGGGUAGGGAAUAUUUCAGUUAUUUAACUAUGUAGACAAAUGCUUCUCUUGGAAUCCAGAUCAUUGGGGCUGAAGCUUUUACAGUAGACUGUUGAGGGGUGAAGGAAAUUAGUAGUGUGGAGUACAUAAUCUAGAGGGAAGAGUUCAGUAGGGCCCAAGAGAGACCCCCAGAAAAAGGUAUAAGGAUAACUUAUCUCCUUUAAUAAGGAGUGGCCAUGAUUUUGCUGCAAAGUACUUAGUGUAUAUUUAAUGUUAAUUGUUGAAUUUAAUUAUGGAAGGGAAGAACAAUUUUACUUCUGUUGCUAUUUCACUGAACAUUUACUUUCUGAAAGCUACAGGACAAAAUGUACAGAAUGGACAAGGCUGCUCUCUCUGUGAUUUCUGCUUUUUGUUCAUAUUCUUUCAUUUCCUGAUGAUUUCCAAGAGAUUUAGCUUUUCACUCUCCUGCUUUCCCCCCUCAUCCACCCCUUCUUUUCUUUGUAAGGGAGUUGAAGAGGUCCAGUGAGGCUGAAGUAAAGGGUCAAGAAAGGGCAAUUGAUUAAAGAGCACUUUAUUUCUUUGAAGUUCUUCGUAAGAGAUAGGGGCAUGAGUGGCUUGAAUCCCCCAUCGUGUUGGAGGGCAGUUAGUGGAGUUGAAGUAUGACAUAAUAUUUCGCGUUGGGGAAAGGAGAAUUUCUCUUAGAGGGUAGCAAAAUGCCUUUGCCUGGUUUCCCUAUUUUAGGCAUCUUUUCCAUAUUCUUUCCAAUCAAGGUGCCUCCUGCACACAACUUCCCAUCUGUUCUCCCUAAAAUGUCUCCUUUACAUAUUAUCACUCCUCUUUUCUGAAACCCUUUUCUACUCAGAUCCAGACAGGGUUCACAAGGGUAGACUAAAUCAUACAUGUAAAUGUCCCUUGAUCAUAAUUCAUCUGUGUCUUAAAACUAGUCUCAUUAAGAACUCUGGUGAAAUUUGAGGUUAGGGCUGGAGAUUGGCCAUCAGGCCCCGUGGGAUUUUAGCUCCCCUCCACUAAACUCAGUCUUGCUCAAUGGCACAGGACAAACCUGACCCUAUUUGGGCCUCAGUCCCACCCCCCCUGAAAUGGAAUACUACUACUUUUUCAUGUUAGUUCAGCACUGCUGGACUUGAAGUAUAGUCAUUGUUGUUAUAUUGGGUGAUGUGUGCAAAACUGCAGGAGCUCACUGCCUGCAAGAGGAAAUAAGGGAGAAAGUGGAGGAGAAAGAUAGAAGGAACAAUUAUUUGGUAUAGAUCCACCCAUCCCUGCCUUCCUCUCUUCAACCCCUAUGUUUCUGGUUUGGUGAGUCCUUCAUACCACCCAUAUGCUUUGCGUUGGUGCAGGCUGGGAAGUGGGGGGUAUGGUCUCACAAGUUGUUGUUUUUUUUUUUGCAUGCUUUCUUAAUAAAAACAAAAAAGAA